CCCCCUUCCUCCCUUUGUCACUCUUCCUUUCUCUCCAUUUGGCACACCAUGCCACCAGUCAACCCGGACCGAUAUAAGGUCCCGAGGGACAGGAUCAUAAGCCACGGCGUGAGCCCGAGGGGCGCCAAGUGGGAGCGUUUCCGCGACGAUGCCGGGGACGAGGUGUACCGCUACGUCAACCGCGACAAGUCGUACACGUAUCACUUCCCUGGCGGCUGGAGCUACGUGCACGAUGGGAAGGGCUUCGCGGAGUGGAGGACUCCCGAAGGCGAGACGUACACAUUCUACGGCGCGUCGCUUCGGCGCUCACACCCAUAUCUCGGCGGUAUCCACCUUCUCAAUGAAGCACCCCGCCGGCGGACGACACUGCCCCAGCCGCACCGGGAUGUGGAGCUCGACAUUCCGCCAGUACAGAAGGAGAGAGAGAAGAAGCGCGCGAAGACGUACGCGCGGCCCUACGCCACGUCGAGGCCGGGGGCACGGCGUUACGACCCGGAUGACUCCCUGCUCGACGCCGAGACGACAGCCAUGCCUACCGCGGAGAGCUCGGAAAGUGCAGUGCGGAGCCUGCGAAGACGGCACGCCCCAGCCUCGAUCAUGACACCCCCGACGUCGCCCGACUCGCCGCGCCGUCUGCGCAAGCGCAGGCGACAGCUGCUGUGGGCAGAGGGAAGCUCUACGUCAUACUUUGACAGGUGGAGCGGGACCAGCGAGGACAGCCGGAGCGCGGGCAGCGAACCGGAGUGCGUAGGGAGCGACUCGAGCGACGACGACGAGGGCACGAGCUCCGUCGCGCGCCGGCUCGACUUCACCCUCUCGUCGGCAGACGACUCAUCAGCCGGCCCCAGUCGGCGCGCUGUGCGCAACACGGACAGUGCGCCUUCGCGCAGGCGGCACGUGCUGGUACCCGUCGUGGAGAUCGUGACGCCGCGAAAGAAGAAGCAGGCCCCCGAGUCGCCCAGCAGAACAUACGGCCUGCGAACCCCGCGCUCGUCGGCAGUGUCACGCCGCUCAGGGAGGAACACCGCCAGACGCACGUAUGCUGAGGCGUCGGACGACGACGUGGUGUUCCUCGAGGAGGAGGACGCGGACGAGGCUGUGAUUGAUCGUGUGCUGGCGCUCUAAUGUGCAGGGUUGUAUGGUGGGUAGUGCUGUGGGGCAUCUGUAUAGUGAACUGGUAGAGGUUGUGUUCCAUAAGCAGUGCUUGAAGCAGUGCUUACAUAUGCACAUGCGUGAAGGGGA